CGCGCGAGAACACGUUCCUCACCGGCCGGCUGUCGCAGCCGCGGGGAGGACACAGCGCGGUCGCGGAGCGAGCGGAGAUGGCCGAGGCCGCGAGCGGCGCGUCGGAGGCUGGAUCAGGCGCGGCAUUGCCUGCCCUCGCCUCUCCCGGACCGGCGGACCGCGAGGGCGGCGGCGGCGGCGGCGGCGGCGAUGAAGAAGGUGGCGGCGGUGGUGGUGAGUGCGAGGCCGAGGGAGGCGAGUCGCUUCUCCAGUCGCCUCUUCACGGCUCUCCUAUGCGAGGCUCGCUCGGCCGGCCGCUGCGGAGGAAGAGCCGGCGGCCGAGGAGGGAGAGCAAGGCGUGGCCGCUCGAUGAUUACGGCCCACUCGACCUCCCCUCCGACAUCGCAGUCUGCAGGCUCGCCCUUUCCUUCAUGACCGCGUGGGGCGUGGACGCCGACUUCGACGCGCGCUGCGCCGCGGAGAUCGGCGUGUCGCCUCCCGCGCCCGUGCUUGCGUACGGUGUGCGCGGCCACGGCGGGAGGCUCUCCUUUCUCACCCCCCGAGCUCAGCGGAGGGACCGGCGGUGGCAGUGCUCGCCGCACAUGACCGCGCUCUGGUCGCUCGGCGCGGUCUCGCUCGCAAACACUCUGAUGAUGUGCCCCGGGUACGACGAGGCGCGGGGCACGCGCUGCUCGCAACGCGUGCGAAACACGUGCUCGUCCGUGGUGACGCACUUCUCGGUGACGGUACCGGAGGCGAUGCCGCAGCUGGCGCCUCCCUCGCUCUCCUUCCUCGCGCGCCACUACUGCGAUCCGACCGAAGAGGUGCAGGCUGCGGCGCGCGCGCUGCUCGAGGGCGCGCUGCAGCGGAUGACGCCGCAGAUGCGGCAGCGAGUCGUCAAGGCGUGGACUCCUCGGCUGGUGCCGCCGCCGCACCACCCGCCGCAGCCGACACCGCCCAAGGCCGCCGCCGCUCCCGCGCCCUCCGCCGCGCUGUCCCGCCGGCAGCUUCUCACGACGACAACCACCGAGCUGCACGCUGCGCAGCCGCCCGCCUCGCCCGCCGAAAAGCCGCUCCCGUUCGAGCUCACGUCGGCGCACGGGGUGGCGGUCCUCGUCCUCGGCGUCCUCGUCUGCCGCUUCGGCGCCGAGGUUGACCCCCGGAUACACGCGGCCCUCACCUCGUCCCUGCUCGCGCUCCUCGACUCCCCCUCCGAGGAGGGACGCCUCGCCGCCGCCGACCUCCUCUCCAAGGCCUAUCUCGUCUGGCGCUCGCAUCUCCCGCAGCCCGCAGCACUGAUCCGCACUCUCUUCAACUACGCGGCAGCUGCCGCCGCCGCGGCCGCCGCCGCCGCCACACGGCCCGCGGCGCAGGGGUCGGGGGGCGAGGAGGCGCCGCCACCGCAGCCGCCGCCGAACCGCUUCCUGUACCACUCGGCCCUCAUCCAAGUCGGCGUCUGCGAGCCCUCCCUCUUUUGUGCGGAGAUGGGCGCCGCCGCGGUGCGAAUGGGGUCGCCGCCUCGCGUGCGGCUGGCAGCUGUCGCAUACCUCAUCUCGCUCGUCAAGGCGCGCACCGCGUCGCUCGAGCCGGCGCUGCCUCUCGUCGUUGAGGCCGCCGUCCUCCGCCCGCUCGACCCGAGCGUGCCCUCGUUGCGCGAGUCGUCUCUCGGCGCGUCGACCACCGCGCUGCGAGAGCUGGUGCGCCGCUACCCGAUGGUGCACUUCAACCAGCCGACACAGCGGCUCGCCGUCGGGACAGCCGAGGGGGUGGUGCUGCUCUACGACCUGCGCACCGCCACAAAGUGGCGCAUCCUGCAGGGGCACGAGGCGGCCGUCACCGCGCUCGCCUUCGCACCCGCCGGCGACACGCUCGCGUCCUUCUCCGCGUCGGAGGCGUCGCUGCGCUGGUGGGCGGCCGGCUCGUCAGGACUCUUCUCUUUCCUCGGCCUGCAGGGCUCGUGCCUCGGGGUGACUAGGGUGGACUGUGCGCUGCCCGACGCACCCGGUGCGCGCGUCAAGAUCGAGUGGGCCUCGCCCCAGUCGGUGGGCAUCACGUGCGACAACGAGGCGCUCGGUUUCUUCACGCGGCCGCCUUAGCGGGCUCUCAAUGGGAGCUGCCAUGCGGCGAUUGCUGAGAUCUACUUGUGUGCGGCCAUGCAUUGUGUGUGUGCCGCGCACUAUGUCAAAACUACAGGGGUAGGCAAUG